AUGCAAAGAACAAUAAAACCCAAGAAUGCUAGAUCUAAAAGAGCACUUCAAGCCAGAGAACCUAAAUUAAUAGAAGAUUCCAAAACCUCAAUCUUUAUCAAAUCAACCCAAACCUCUGAAAAAGUUAGAAUAGCUCUAAGUGAAUUACAUCAAUUAAGAUCAUCAUCUGAUUCGAUUCAAUUUAGUAAACGAAAUGUGAUCCAUCCAUUCGAAGAUGCUUCUUCAUUACAAUUCUGGUCAGUUAAGAAUGAUGCAAGUUUGUUUGUCAUUGGUAGUGAUAGUAAGAAAAGACCGGAUAAUUUGAGUUUUGUUAGGAUGUUUGAUCAUCAGGUUUUAGAUAUGAUUGAAUUAGGUAUUGAAGGAGCUGUUUCAUUAAAAGAUAUCAAAGGUCCAAAAGCUUCACCUGGUCUGGUGCCUCUCUUACACUUUGCUGGAACGUUAUGGGAUACAGAUGAAAGGUUAAAGAUGCUCAAGUCGAUGUUUUUGGAUUUCUUUCAUGGUCAACAACUUAAUUCGAUUGAUCUGGUCAAUGGUCUUCAAUAUGUGAUUUCGAUCAGUAUAGGACAAAUCGAUCAAGAAGGUAGUUCAACGUCUCUUUUAGGAAACCACAACAAGACCUCAACGACUAUGACACCUAAUCUUGAUCCACAAGAACCAUCUCAACCUGCACCUGUCUCACUCGUUCAUCCCGAUCGACAAACUCUUCUGAAUAACAAUCCAUUACCAUUGAUUCAUUUUCGAACUCAUCUAGUUCAACUCUUUAAAUCAGGACAACGAGAACCAAGAGUAGAGUUAUCACCACAUGGUCCUUCGUUUGAUUUCAGACUACGAAGAACUCAAAUGCCAUCGGAAGAAUUAUUAAAACUAGCUCUCAAACGACAAGUGAUCAAGAAACCAGCUGAUAAGGUUACCAAGGUUAAAGGUAAUAAGAAUGUAGAUAUUGAUGAGAUGGGUGAUAAGGUUGGAAAGAUUCAUGUGGGUAAACAACCAUUAGAUAAACUUCAGAGUAGGAAGAUGAAAGGUCUCAAGGUCGAUAAACGAUCGAGUGUAGAGAAAGGUGAUGGUUCAGAUGAAGAUGGUGGUGAAGAAGAAUUUACAAAGGAAGAUCAAGAACUUGAAAUGGGUGCCGUCACGGAACUUGAAGCUUCAGGUGCUUCACUCAAACGUACGAGAUCGUGA